AAUUACAUACCAGGUACUGGUAGCUUCGACCUCUUCUUGGUUGGGGACCACGCAGUACCGCGGGAAGGACAAGAGAUCUUUGGUCUCGACCUUUCGGUCCUUCCUCCCUCACAAAAACUGUGUGUCUGAGCCAUAGCAGAGCUUCGAGCCAAUCCUAGCUUCGAGCCAAUCCUAACUUUGAACUAUGACGCCUCUCCCCGAUCAACAUCCCACGGACCAUGACGACGAAGCUGGCGAUGAUGAUUCUUUCGCUAUGAGCACCACAUUCGAGAACGAGGGAAUGGCUGUGGGUGCCGAUGCCUCGGCAGAAGAACGGCGCAAUCUUGCUCGAACGGAGACUCGUCGAGUCUUUGUCCUCAAGACGGUCAUCUUUGUGGUGUUGAUUCUAGCUACCAUUGCCACCUCGGUGGCUGUGUUUUCAUAUGCUCGAUCCGAAGAAGACGCGGACUUUGAGCAUGAGUUUGAAUCCCAUGCCACCAAGGUCUUUCAAUCCUUCCAUGGUGCCGUCUAUCGCAAGUUGGGCGUUCUCGAUACCUUCUCCACAAGCAUCACUCUGUUUGCGCUCGAGAAUAACUUGACAUUUCCCUUUGUAACCUUGCCAUUCUAUGAGCUACGGGGGCAAGCGACACGUGCCUUGGCGGAAGGCAUUCGGUUGGAUUACAUGCCAUUGGUCACGGACGCUCUGAGGCCAGUAUGGGAAGAGUACGCCCAACAGAACCAGGGAUGGCUCGACAAAGCUGUCAAACAAGAUGCAGAACUCCGACGAAGACAGGAUGAACGCUUUGGGAUCGAGACGGUGGAGUUGGAACCCGAAGGAAACACAGCUGCUAAGAAUGCCUCCGCUGUCUUUGCCACCGGAUCCAACAACUACAACGACCGAAUCUACUCAAAGUUUGGGAAACUGGAUGGCGGAGUGGAAGAAGAAGGCACAGGGCCAUUCCUUCCCAUUUGGCAAGUCUCACCGGCAACACCUACCAAGGGAAUUCUUAACUUCAACCUCCUAAAUUCCGCAUCCGGUGGAGCUCUCCGCGCUACCUUGGAGACACACAAGGCAGUCUUGGGGGAACCUCUGGCUUUGAAGGACCCCAAUUACACGUCGCAAGGUUCCUGGAACGCCAACUUUCUAAAGACUCUUCAACGGGGACAGUACCGCCACAUGCUGGACGACCUGAAGGGGGAUCCCAGCAGUAACUUUGUCUAUCCAAUCUUUGACACGUUCAGUGCUGAUCGCACUUUGGCCGGUGCCAUUCGUACAAGCAUCUUUUGGCGAAAGUACUUCAUCGAUAUCCUUCCCGAAUCUUCCCGUGGAGGACUCAUUGCCGUAUUGUCCAACACGCAUAACCAAACAUUCAGCUAUCGAAUCGAAGGUGCUUCCGCGACCUUCUUGGGUCCUGGUGAUCAUCAUGACCCGCGUUUUGAAGACACGGGGUUAACUCAGGAUGUUGACAAGGAUCUGAAGCAAACCUUUGCCCUGGAGAAGACAUCCUUUACACAAGCUGAUCUGAACACGGACUACUGUGGGUAUACGCUGGCCCUCUACCCAUCACAAGCAUUUCAAGACCAGUUCCAUUCCAAUGGGCCUAUCAUCUUUUCAUUGGUUGUUGUAGCAGUCUUCCUUGUUACAGCUGCCAUCUUCAUUACAUAUGACUGUCUUGUUGAAAAAAGGCAGUCUGUGGUGAUGAAUAGAGCUGUGGCUUCAGGAGCCAUCGUGGCCUCACUCUUCCCCGAACAUGUCAAGGAUCAACUGAUCGAAGAGAAGCAAACCAAGCAAAGCCUCCCCGUCUCUCCUGUUUCCAAGGUCGUCAGUAAAGCUGCGUUUGUUACCAAGAACUUGACCAAUAGCACCUGGAGUGCAAGCAAUGACGAGCCUCGGCGUUCUUCGUACAGCGGUCCCGCAGAUCCAUCGAUGCAUUCGUCAUUGCAAGGAACCCCUCUGAUUGCUGAUCUUUACGAGGAAGCCAGCAUCCUAUUUUGUGACUUGGUAGGGUUCACGGCAUGGAGCUCCAGUCGCAAGCCUAAAGAGGUCUUUCAGUUGUUGGAAGCAAUCUUUGGAGCAUUUGACAAGGAAGCAGAAAAGAAACGCAUCUACAAGAUUGAAACGAUUGGAGAUUGCUAUGUCGCAGCUACAGGUGUUCCAAAGCCCCAAGUCGAACAUGCUGUGAUUCUCUGUAGGUUUGCCCAAGAGUGCCAAGACAUUCUGAAGAGGGUCACGAUGCAACUCGUUGGAACUCUCGGUGAAGACACCGCUAAUCUUCAGGCACGCAUUGGCAUUCAUUCUGGCCCAGUCACAGGUGGUGUCUUGCGGGCGAAUCGAGGUCAACGUUUCCAGCUGUUUGGGGAUACAAUGAAUGUUACGAGCCGUUGCGAAACCAACGGAUCCCCAGGUAGAAUCCAGGUCACACAGGCUACGGCAGAUCUUCUCACUGCCCGGGGCAAAUCAUCUUGGUUGACCAAGAGGGAGGAUCUGGUUCAAGCCAAGGGCAAGGGGGCAAUGCAGUGUUAUUGGGUAUCUCCCUCUGGUCCAGGUACCGUGACAACGCUCAGCACAUACGAUACCAGUACACAUGAGGGCAGCGCCGCCUUUGGUUGUGAUCGUUCGGUUGCGUCAAAGCGAGAUAGCAUUUCCUUGUAAUUAGUAUAUGAAUACAUCUUUUCCAUCAUCCCCAAACCAACU